AGUGACGUGGAUCGGAUCGAUCAAUGCAGCCAGAUCUCUAGUUUCUGCACAAGUAUUUAUAGAACCAAGCUCGUAAAGUCCAAUAUGGUAACACUCGACGAGAAAUCUCGCAAUUUAGCGUGGAUAGAUUGGUUGAUCAUCGCUGCAUACUUUGUGUUAUGCCUUGGCGUUGGAUUGUUUUCGAAGUUUAGGAAGCAAAGAGGACAAGCUGAAACAGCAGAGGGAUAUUUUCUUGCUGGCAGAAAAAUGCUCUUUUGGGCGGUUGGACCCAGUCUUUUUGCAAGUAAUAUUGGCAGUGAACAUUUCAUUGGUUUAGCGGGAUCUGGUGCUGCUAACGGUAUAGCUGUGGUAUCGUACGAAUGGGAGGCUGUAUGGGUGCUUAUGCUGCUUGGCUGGGUUUUUGUACCCAUCUAUUUAAGAUCAAGGGUGUUUACCAUGCCUGAGUACCUGAAUAAACGUUUUCAAAGCCGAUCAGUCAGGACGUAUCUCACUAUCACAGCCCUGUUAUCUUACGUCUUCACAAAAACCUCGGUUGAUAUCUAUGCUGGAAGYCUGUUCCUAUACGAGGCCGUAGGAUGGAAUAUGUACCUCUCUGCAGCUUGUGUGCUGGCAAUAACCGCCAUUUACACUUUACUUGGUGGUCUGACCGCAGUCAUCUUCACUGAUGUCUUUCAAUGCGUAGUAAUGAUCAUUGGCGCAAUCGUUGUAUCGAUUCUAAGUUUUACAAAAGUCGGUGGACAUGAAGGACUAUGGUCCAAAUAUGGAAGCGCUAAAGGAACACCAUGGCGCCCAGUCCCACCAAAUGGUAGCAGCAUUGUGUCCCUCAUGAAUAUAACAAAUGCUACUGACAGCUGCUACAAGAUGACUCCAUACUGGGGAAAUAUGUUUAGACCACUAAACGACCCAGACUACCCCUGGUUAGUCCACUGGACGACUAUCCCUAUCUUAGGAAUAUGGUACUUUUGUACUGAUCAGGUUCUUGUUCAACGUGCGCUAGGGGCAAAGAACAAUCUUCAYGCGAAAGCAGGCUCUCUUCUUGCCGGUAUACUCAAGAUUACUCCCAUGUUUCUGAUUGUCAUGCCUGGCAUGAUCAGUAGAGUCCUGUUUCCUGAUUCCAUUGCUUGUGCGGACAAGGAAAGCUGUUUACAUUACUGCGAUAACGAAUGGGGGUGUAGCAACAACGCUUAUCCCAAACUUGUGCUAAACAUCUUACCAAGGGGUCUUGUCGGUCUCAUGAUGGCAGUCAUGAUGGCUGCUUUAAUGUCAUCCCUGUCUUCAGCCUUCAACAGCAGUGCUACUAUAUUCACCGUUGAUGUUUGGGUUUUGUUAAGACCAAAGGCAACGGAGUGGGAAAAGGUAAUUGUUGGACGAAUCGUAGUGGUCGUGCUUGUUGGAGUGAGUUUAUGUUGGUUACCCAUCAUUCAAGGUGCCCAUGGUAGUCAGUUAUUCGUAUACAUUCAGACAAUUCAAUCCUACUUGGCUCCUCCAUUGACCAUGACGUUUGGUCUGGCUAUACUGUGGCCUGGUUUGACUAAGGCAGGUGCAUUAUCUGGACUUAUCAUCGGUCUUAUCAUGGGACUAAUGAAGUUUAUCUUUGGCAACAUCUAUCCUCCCCCUGGGUGUGGAUCAGAGGACAAUAGACCCUCAUUUGUCAAACUACACUUCUUGUGGUAUGCAUUGGUUAUAUUUGGUGUGUGCGGCAUUGUUGAGGUGGUUGUCAGCAUGUUCACAAGUAAAGUGCCACGUGAAGAGUUAGGUGGGUUGACAUGGCCAACCAUCAAUGACCGUCCAAUAUCCCAUGGAGCCAUAGGUGAAGAGGGAUUAUCAUCUGCUCAUGGAGGAAACACGUAUGAGUUGUCUCAGGUUGGACAAGAAAUGGAAACUGGAAUAAUCAUUGACAAUACAACUACUGGAGAAGGUGAGAACUGCAUAAAGUUCAAAGGUAAAACAGAAGAUGACAACAUCAAAACUCUACGGUACCUUGAUGUAGUACCAUUUGCUGAAGAAACACCCCUUCAAAAGUGGGCCUUAAGGGUGUCAACUGUGUUAGUAUUGUGUGUACUGGUCUUUCUGUGGGUGUACUAUAGAUAGACUGUCAAGACAACUACCAAAAGAAAACAACUUGCAGGCAUUUUGAAUGUCCAAUCUGUCAGUGUCAGUGAAUUGUUAUCUAUAAUCUAUGAGCUUGCUGUUAUUGAAAAUGUUACUAGAAAGUGUACAAUAAACUGUAUGAUUAUAGAUAAGAAGCUAUCUUAACUAUUAGUUAUUUUAUUUAUUAGUUAUUGUAUUUAUUAGUUAUUAGUCUAUUAUUGAAAUAGUACGGUGGCCCUGAAGUGACAACAGCUUAAAUCUAGUUCACUAUUUUGUUAUCRUUUUGAGUUGCUAGUUACAAUCAUGGUUUUGGAAUACAAAUGUAUAUUCUUCUGUUACGGGCAUGUGGACCAUAUGUAGGUCAUUAGUAAAAUUAUUAAGCCACAGGUAGCCCAAACUUAAUAUCAGAGRAUGGUUAGAUCAGUGAACCCAUUAUGUCAUCAUCCUCUAAUGCAAUAAAUUUGGGGUAUCUGUGCCUUGRUAAAUUUUGYCCAUGCAUCUGUACCCAUAGAUACAUGUAGUACUAACUGUUUCAUGUGGGAAUAUCGCACUUUUUUUAGGAAAGCAUCAAAAAAUUAAAAUGUAUGUGAUAUGCAUCUAAAGUGUACAUAAAUUUGACAAAAGUUACAAAUCUGCUGUAACAAAUGAAAUACUGUAGGUCAAGAUUGGGCAUCCUGUGUCUAUCCAUGGGGCCUGGUACAGUGCAUAACCAGCCACCAAAGUUGGUUGGAAUUUUGUAUUGUUUACUGUAUCUACUAGUGUCAACUGUUAUCAAUUUUAGUUUAAGACAAUAUGAUAACAUGAAGUUUAAUGGUUCAUACUUUCCUUCACUGGAAGUCAUGGUUCUGCUUAAGGGUGUUCUUGGAAUUGUUAAUUUUGGUAAUAAACCUCUUGAAAAGACAA